AUGGCUUCUAAAGUGCUCAACAACACAGCAAAUGAUUCUAAACAACAAAUCACCGCCAUCAGCGACUUGAAGCCAAAGCACACUACUAAGAUGGUUCAUGUCAAGGUUCUACAUUCCUGGUCACAAAACAUCAAUCACGGGGGGGAAACCAUGGAAUUCGUAUUGGCUGAUGAGAAUGGGCAUAAAAUUCAUGCAAGCUGCAAAAAGACUUACUUUGAGAGUAAAGGAAGACUUCUUCUGGUUGGAGUAUGGCGCAACAUCAGAAACUUCCAAGUCAGGCCUGCUGGAGGAGCAUAUCGCACAACAAACCAUAUCUACAAGAUUUCAUUCAAUCAAGCAACAGUCGUUACUCGGUCCAAUUUCAUGAAUGAUGAGUUAUAUCUUAAUUUGGUCGAUUUUCAAAGCGUUUUAUCUGAAACUCUUGAUGAAAAAUUGCUAAUAGAUGUGCUGGGCCAAGUUUUGGAUUGUGGUGCUGUCGAAACCAUUCAGUGUGCUGGUGGGUACCAGCGUAAAAAACUAAAUUUCACCCUUAGAGACAUCAAGGAUAUUGGGGAUGACAAAACUCUAAUGCCGUAUGAAAGUAAUGAGGAUAGUCAAGAGUACAUCAACAAGCAAAUAGAUCAGGCAGAUAAGCGAGGACAGCGUGAUAAGUGGUUGCUAUACCCUACUAAGAACAUCCAUGAAAUGAAAGCAUCAACUCAAGUUGAUAAAUGUUUAGUGACUUGCACAUUCUAUGAAAUUGAUAUGGAUUGGUCCUGGUAUUACUUUGGUUGUGAUGCAUGCCAAAAAAGGCUGAUCAAAACCGGAACCAAGAUUAAGAAAGUGAAUGGAAACGAGAUCACAACUCAUAUUUGGUUUUGUGAGGCAUGCAACGAAUAUGUCUUGAAAGUUUCACCAAGGUUCUGGCUUCACUUGAUGGUCAAGGAUGAUACUGGUGUGUCAAAAAUAAUGAUCCUAGACAAGGUAGCUAAUGGGAUUGUUUCUGAAUCUCCACUCAAGUUGUUGAAUGGAAGCUGGGAUGAGCUUGACGACACAAGCUUAAUACCAGACGUUGUUACUGAUUUGAUUGGAAAAACUUUCACAUUUGGAGUUUAUGUUGAGAAGGAUAAUGUAUCUUAUGGUGCUGAGAUAUACAAAGUUGGAAAAAUCUACAAAGACAGGAUGAAUUACUUAACUGGUGCAAUCACACCAGUUCAAUCUGAUACGAUUUUGACAAUUACAAGUGUUGAUGAGGGUUCUAUAUAUUUGACUGAUAGCCAAGAACUUAACUACUCUGUGUCAACACCAUCCAGUAAGAGAAAAGAAGAUGAUGCUAUUUCUCACCCUGACAGCAGUUCAACAUCAAAGAAACCAUGCCUAAUGACUGUUAAAAUUGAAAAGGCAGAAGAGUCUGCUAAGAAACGUGGCUAA